AUGGCUUUUCACGAUGAAGUUGAGAUAGAAGAUUUUGAAUACGAUGAAGAAUCUGAAACUUACUAUUGGCCGUGCCCAUGUGGUGAUAGAUUUCAGAUAACUAAGGAAGAACUCGAAAGUGGAGAAGAUACUGCUCGAUGUCCAAGUUGUUCACUUAUGAUUCGUGUUAUCUAUGAUAAGGAAGCGUUCAUGGAGAAAACAUCGAAUAUAAAGGAAAAAACAAACCCGAUGACUGAAAAAGCGACGUGA